AUGAAUGACAUAUGGAAUGGCACAUCAUCUCUUCUCCUGGCACAACUUGUUUUAAAACAUGGUACAGACUUUUCUAUUAUUCAAACACAUCUUUCACAACAUCCCUUAUAUCAUCAACCUAUUUCCUCUACUGAAGAUAUCAAGGCACAUUAUGAGUUAUUACUUAAAGAAAACGAAUUGAAAGAAGAUGAAACAAAUGCUUCAAAAGACUCGCUAAUAUCAAAUGCAUCCAAACUUUGCAAAAUUUUGUAUGAGAAACGUAUAAUAGAAUUAAAAAAAGAAAUUCAAAGAGAAGAAGAAGCUUAUAAGAAGAUUACAGAAGAAAUUGAAGAAAUUCGUUGUGGUCGUUGGCCAACAAGCUUAAAUAUAUCAGAACAAACAAUAAAAAGCGAAAAUAAUGUUGAAAAUUCAACAGAUAUAUCUUCAGCAUCAGUAGUUGUUGAAAGGAAAGGACGUCAUGAUGAUAUAGCAAGUUCUUUAAAUACGGAGAAUGCAGUACCAGAAAUAGGAGAUAACGUUGUAUCAGUUGAAACAAUACCAGAUCAAGGAUCAGAAUGCCAAGAAAAAAUUGAGAAUAUAAAAAAGCAAAAUGUCAAGAAAAAUACACGGAACCUUGUCAAGAAGGAAAUAGAUAUUUUUCAAACAGAAAAUAUAAGUGAAAAUUCACCUAAGCCGUCAGCAUCAGAAUUGACAUCAUUAAAACGCUUUCAAAGCAUGAUUUUGCCAUUAUGGAUGAGUCUAUCUCAACAUAAGCAUGGAACAGUCUUUAUGGGACCAGUUUCGGACAAAGAUGCACCCGGAUAUUCAAGUUUAAUUCAUUUUCCAACAGAUAUGAAGUCAAUUAGAAAUAAAAUUCGCGAUGGAAAAAUUACUACAUCUAAACAGUUUCACCGAGAAGUCCUUUUACUUUUUGCUAAUGCUAUUAUGUAUAAUGGUGAAAAUAGCACCAUUACUCAAUGGGCCAAAGAGGGUUUUGCUUAUAGUGAAGAAAUGAUUAAUAUAGGGAGAAGAAACACCUAA